AUGCCCAAGCCAACUCUCAUACAAUCUCUACUCGGAAGACCUUCUCAAACUUAUUCUUUUCCUCAACAGAAGGAGUACCACUCUUCGAAGCACGAGCUGAUUCGCAUAGCUACCACACGCACAGAAUGCCACGAAGCUCCUGGGGCAUCACUGCUUCCGGGCCUUCCUCCCACAAGCUCUGUCAGCCCCUCUGUUCUGUCUGAACACGUCUCUGCUCAGGUUGUGCCGAAUUCUGACGUCCACUCCCCGCCCCGGACGUUCCAAGGGUCCACUAGGUCCGUUCACUUCCAGAAAGAGCGCACAACGGAUUCUGAUCUUCUUCCCAAACGAUCCCUUAUCCGCCAAAUCGCCUCUUUUCACACUGCACCUCCGGCGCAACAUGGACAUACUUCUUACUUAAACCCACUACAAUAUUUCCGGACAGACCGACACCAGGUCGACUUCACUCGUACCGCCGAGCUCGCCCUCGACGGCGAUGCAGCAGAGGACGACAUGUUCUACACUCCUCGCUCCUCGACGUAUUCUUCCCCACGUGCGUCUCGUAGCUCCACACUCCUGCUGCUCGACUCCCAUGCCCUUGCCAACGCCCUUCUUCCUCUCCAUUCCGCAGCGGCACCCCCGGAACUGGAUACAACGGUGGCGACGCCUGUCUCUCGCACCCCGUCCGACUCCUCUCUCUCCUCCCACGCCUCUUCGUCGACGGACCACGACGAGGCUGGGUCUUCGUUCUCAUCGUCAUGCGCGACGACAUCAACGCGCAUUACCACACCGCUCAGUUCCGACCAUGGUGCGCUCAAGCCAGGCGAGGACGUGGUAGAGACCGUAGCCAUUUCAACAAGUCCGCAGCGCUCACCAUCGCCUCAUCGGUCUGCGCCGUCUCCGAGUCCAAUCAAUCAACCAGCGCAGCAACCCGAGGAAGCUGUGCAGUCCACAACCACAACGGCCUCACAAACAGUAUCGCUGGUGUCUGAUUCUCCCGCUAGGAGUGAGUCGCCUGUGAGGCUAAGGCCUUUAUCUAUAUCGUCGUUGCCUUCCUGCAAUAAUAUGGAGGGCGACGCCAUGGCUACUCGUCGUCGUUCACAGGUAGAGGCUCGUAUGACCAUGUACACUGAUGAGGACUGGGCCAACGAAGUGAAGAUGUCCACGGCAAAGAUGACUUCUACGAACACAUCGUCCCCGCGGCGCAUGUCGCGUCCGCUUCAUCCUGACCUCCUUCCUCCUAUCCCUACCGGUUCACCGACAGGAACGUCGCACUUUCUGGAGCCGCCGACCACUUUCCCACAGGCAACUCCCCGGCCCGGUGCGCGCUCACGAUCGAAAGCCGACCGCUCAAGCAGACAUUCGCACCGUCAGUCGCGCGGACGUAUGUCUGCAUUGUGGGAGGAAGACGAAAGCGAGUACAGUACGGCUCCGAGCAGCUGUGAGCCGAGUCGUGCCCCGACUCCUGUACAUUUCACGGAGUCACUAAGCUCGUUGACCCCGUCUUCCACUGCGCCGUCCUCGCCAGGGCCGCUCCAUCCCCUCUUCCUGUCUAAUACUAACCCCAUGGACAAGUAUAUGCUGUCUGAUGAGCAGUCGCAGUUGGAUGAGUCACCUGAUGCUAUGCUGCAGGACUAUGCCCGUUUGCGAGGACAGUUGCGCUCACGUCCUUCCUCGCCCGUGCGUUCCCCGCUCGUGCCCUCUGAAUCAUCUACCAUGUCGUCUUCCCUUCCCACGUACUCCAUCCCGACGCCCUUCCCAGGGUCCGUGUCGAAUAGUCCGCCUACGGGAUACACGAGUCUCACCCUCCCACGUGCCAACUAUGCAAACGAGACGGGCAAAGCAAUGAGAGACGGUAAGGUCGACCUCGUGCGCGCGGGCGUCGCGCAGAGCAGUAUGGCUACCAUUGAGGUUGUCCGUGGAGCUAGUCUCGCCGUGCGGUCCCGCCCUGGGAACCGUCGCGGCUUUUCGCUGACCCUGUCAUUUGGAUUGAAGGGGAAGAAGCCAGAGCGCCGGCGUAGCGUGAACAGGAAAGAGAGUAUGACGCCGGCCCAUUUGCGCAGCACGCUUCCACUUCCUGUGGCUUUUACUUCGCACCUUCCGCCGCCGUCAUUUUGCCCGCCAUCACAUGUACUUGUGCAGGUGUUUGCGGUGGCCUUGGACGGUCUUGAUUCGUUGUUGGUCCAGGAGAAGAUUGACGACGGUUCAGGUGGGGCAUCUGCAGGCUCCUUGAGGAAGGGACGAGCUGGGUUUAUUCCUGGACGUAGUUUUGUUGGACGCGCAAUGGAGUGUGGAUUCGAGGUGAAGGAUGAAGUGUGUAAGAGGGGUGAGUGGGUUGUUGGAUUAUUGGACGUGCGGAAGUGCGGUGCCCUUGCCGAGUUCAUUCUUGUCGAGCGGCACAGAGUGUUCCGUUCUCCUCAGCCGUGUGCUCGCCCCAUCACACUCUUUCCACCGCGUCGCCGGAAGCAUACUCGCAGUAUGUCGUUGCCCUCACAGCAGCAUCCUACAUUCACUCCGUCGCCACUCGUCCCACCCGCUCCUCUUUCGCUUGAGGAACUCGCUCUACUUCCGCUCAUCGGCCUCUCUGCACACCGUGCUGUGCGUUCGUUCGCUGAUGUGCUUUCAACGCCCAGGACGCGUGACCUCGAGUCGCGUCCGCGGAUGCUCAUCCUCCAAGGCCACGACGGGCCCGGUUGCUUGGCACUCCAGCUACUGGCGCGAAAAGGAGUUCGAGUGUCUGUUCAAGUCCCUGAGUCCGCUGUGUGUGAUAUUCUGGAAAGUUCGACGGAGGGAACGUCUCAAGAUGAGUCUCGUAUAGAGAGGGUGGAGACACGCAUCCGUGAUUGGGGUGCUGAGGAGGUCUGUGUUGGGACGCCCGUGGAGGUGCUCCAGCGUUUUGCGGACGAGUGCCGGUCAUUCGAUGCCGUCCUGGACACAGUGGGCGGCGUAGCGAUUUGGGAGGCGGCCCAGAGAAUGCUGCUACUAAGCCCCUCAGCCGCGACCGCCCGACAUGCGUCGAAAUCGUCUCCGGCUUUUUCUGUGUUACAAGCACACCCAGAUGCACCCGAGAAGACAUCGAAGUUCAGUCCAUCACAAGCGCAAUUCACUACACUUGUCGGAGACACGCCAAACCGCGCCAUCCCGAAGGCACAGGACAACUUAAAGUCGGGCUUCCGUUCUCUCCGCCGUGCCAUCACCACCAGUAGUCAAGGCAAAACCGCCCCCAUCAAGGUCCUUAAUGACGGCAAGAAGAGUGUGAAGCGGACUGUGGGUUACACGUGGGUGAGCGUGGCGGCGGAUGUGGAUUUCGAAGGCGAAGAUGUGCGCGACACGUUAGCUGCAGUGGUCGCCAUGGUCGAAGAGGGUGUGAUGCGCCCAUGGGCAGGCCUCGGAGACCCGGAGGACCAGGAUACGAAGGUAUUGCCCCUUGAAAGGGCGCCGGAAGUCUUCCGGAGGGAUGCAGCUGGUCCUCUGGGUGUCCUCAAGGAUGGAGGAACUUGUGUCGUGAAGAUCAGCGAUUAA